GCGAGCAGUUGUUGGAUGCAAGAUGGAGACAGAGCCUUGUUUGUCUUUCAGGCGCACACCGCCAACUUCGACGGCGCCGAGCGCGAGCAGCUCCCCGCCGCCAGGCUCCUUCCUGGCGUGCGACGAGCUGCGCCAAAUCGGAGCUGCGCACAGCCUCGGUUCUGCGAUGCGCAGCGUCGGGGACGCGUACGCCGCAACCGCCGCUCUGCACCGCAACUUCGGGAACUUCUCGUCGAAUCCCCCCGCCUCGCCGCCGGAGAAACGUAACAAGUUCUUGGAGGGUUCGAACCAGGAGCACAAGCCCGGCCUUAUAAGCGGCAAGGCCCCUUUCUACGACCAAAACCACGAGAAAGGCGCUCUCAAAUGCCUGGGAUACUCCGGCAUGGGCGUCGACUGCUUCGGCAAACUGAAGGAGGCGGAUGGCGGCUCGCUCUGCGGCAACUCCAUUGCCGACUCCAUCGACCUGUCGGGCAAGAACAAGAAGCGACGCAAUCGCACCACAUUCAGCACAUUCCAGUUGGAGGAACUAGAGAAGGUCUUCCAAAAGACACACUACCCAGACGUCUACGCUCGCGAACAGCUGGCUCUGAGGACUGAGCUCACAGAGGCCCGAGUACAGGUUUGGUUUCAAAACCGUAGAGCCAAGUGGAGGAAGCGGGAACGCUACGGGAAAAUCCAGGAGGUCCGCAACCACUUUACCACUAGCUACGAUAUUUCCCUCCUCCCCCGCCAUGACACCUACCAGAUGCAGGGCAAUCUAUGGCCAGGUGCUUCAGGAGUUGUCGGUGGCGCAUCGGCGAGCAGCUGUGUCCUCGGACCCGAAUCCUUACCCUCCUCCUGCAUGAGUGCUUACACUCACCCUCACAGCAACCUGCAGGGCUUAAUGGGUAUCCCCUCGUCCCCCAGCCACACCCACCACCAUCACCACCCGUCGCACCAUCCGGCCAUCAACGGACUGUACUCCCUCCACAGCUUCCCCGGCGUGGAGGCUCCGGAGAGCGACUACAAACCGACGAGCCUGAUGGCGUUGAGAAUGAAAACCAAAGAGCCCGGCAGCAUUCUCUCAUGGCCGACAUGACAACCAUACUGCCUGACAACUUGCCCCCCACCCACGUGUGUCAGAAAAAAAAUCAUCAGAAGUCCUGGCUACUCUCCGAUUAGCUUUUGAAUUACAUUCUGUGAGACAGAGUGAUUUUUUGUGUACCGCCACAGAGAGCUUGCAUACCAUGCACAAGUGGCACCGCAUGUUUUACACAAAGACACGCUAAUGGACGUUUUCAGCGAAUCAAUGUCAGUCACGUUCCAAGGGAAAAAA